AUGUCGGCUUCGCUGCUGGAGCAGCUGCGCGCGGCGCACGAGGAGGUGGAGCGCCUGGAGCGCGCGACGUCGCAGAUUUUUCUUCUGCAGGACCAGAAGUGCGGCACGGCGGGCGCGGCGUCCUCCGCCGCGGGGCUGCUCAAAGGCGAAAAGCGGAAGCGCGAGCGGCUGCGGCUCGACUGGGCUGCGUCGGACUUGCUGGAACGCAUGCGGGAGAGCGCCCAAAAGUGCCUGCGCAUCUACGAAGACGGCGACAGCCUGCGGAAGGACGAGAUCUCCUUCCUCGCUGGUCAGCGCGAGGGCAGCGUCGGCAACGACGUCUGGAUCAACUUUUACGAGAAAAUCAGACAAAUCCGCGAAUUCCACCGCAAACGCGCCAUGGUCGCCGCCGCCCAGGGAACCGACGUCAACGCCCUCUUCGAGGUCAAAGACUUGCAGGCGAUUGUGGAAGAAGCUAACCAGACUCCGUACCUGGAUGGCGUCUUCGACGAGGCUGAGCAGUACGGAGAGAUGUUAAACCUCCACGAGUUCUUCUCGACUUUCAUCAACUGGAAGCCGAUGCGAUCCUACAAGGUCAACGAGGCGAAGAAAGCAGAGACGGCGCGUCUGCUGAAGCGCGGCCUGACGGAGGAGGAGGUUGCCGAGCGCCUGAAGGACAGCCGCUUCGAAGAGGAUUUGAUCGACUACAUCUCCUAUUUGAAGUCAUUUCAUCUCUUCUCCACGAUUCCGCGCGCCCUCAAGUACCGCUCGCCCGAAUACCUCGCGUACCUCAAAGCCGUUGCCGCCUAUCUGCGCGACUUCUUUCAGCGACGGAAUCCUCUCGCUGACCAUGAGCAGGUCCAGAAGAAGUUCGCCGAGCAGUUCCAGGAGCAGUGGGCUGCGAAGGAGGUCCCAGGCUGGCAGACCGCCACCACCUCGCUGCCUCUAUACUGCAGGCCGACUGAUCGCGUCUUCCUCACCGAAGGCACCAAGCAAUCGCACAUGCAAGGAAAGAAAUACAAGAAGGCACUCGUGGAGUUCUCCAAGCUGUCGAGAGAAGAGCAGGAGAAGCACGAGGAGGACUCGCAGGCGCACGACAAAGAGAUCGCCGAGUCCGAGUUCCUCGUCAACGCCUACAAGGAAAUCCUCGAAGACGUCGUUGAGCGCACCGUGGCGUAUCACCACAAGAAGCAGUCGAGGACGGCGGAGGAGCUCGAGGAAGAAAAUCAAAAGACGGACGCCGAAGAGGACGCCGCCAAGGCUGUCGGCGACGCAGAAAGAGACAGCGAAGACGAGGAGGACGACCAACCUGUCUACAACCCGCUCAACCUCCCUCUAGGCUUUGACGGCCGGCCGAUUCCCUUCUGGCUGUAUAAGCUGCACGGCCUGGGUCAGGAGUUCAAAUGCGAAAUCUGCGGCAACUUCUCCUACUGGGGGAGGCGCGCCUUCGAGCGACACUUCAUGGAAUGGCGCCACGCCUUCGGCAUGCGCUGCCUCCGCAUUCCAAACACGACGCACUUCAAGGAAAUCACCAAGAUCGAGGACGCCAUCAAGUUGUAUGAGAAACUGAAGAAGGACGCCGAAGGCCAGACCUUCAAGGACGAGCAAGAGCUGGAGUGCGAGGACUCGCAGGGUAACGUGAUGAGUCUCCGCGCCUACGAGGAUCUGCGACGACAGGGCCUCCUCUGA